AUGGAAAAAAAUUGUAUAGUACCAUUCAUUGUUCUCUGCACAAAUAUAGUAUUUUGCGAGAUAUUAAAAUGUCGAUUUUUUCACGUGGGUUCUCCGAAUUCGGUUACCGAAACUUGUUCUACUGAGCCGGCGUAUUGUUAUGCCACUUGGCAUAACGAUACCCGGUUCAACGAUGUAACAAUAAAGAAAAAGGGUUAUACUUCAGUGGACGAUGGCCGAUUCAAUCACAAAGAUUGCAUAAAUCACGAUUCGAUUGGCUACCCGCCAAAAGAACGGAGUUGUUCUUGUAAUGUGGACGAUUGCAACAACAAUGUGGGGUGGGAGCCAAUCGAUACUGAAAGUGAUUGGGAAACGAUCAAGAACGUGCUGAUUAUGGUAGCAUGCUGUCUUAUAUUGCCAGUAUACUUUUUUCUACGCAAGAGAUACUACCAAUACGUUCGAGUAAGUACAUUUAAUAAUUAUUUUUCUUUUGUAAUAACUGUUAAAUAGUAUUAUGUAUUAUACUUUUAUCCGUGAGCGGAUAGGUACGUACUUUUUUUUACGGGGAUAUAUUAAUUAUUGAGGCUUCGUGUAUUAUAUAUAA